CUGCUGUUAUGGAGUGCGCAGGCUCAAUAUAAGUUACCGCUGAUUACUUCCGGUGUUGCUGCUGUUCUCGUCCAUGUGCUAACAUUGAAUUGAUAGAAUGUAUAAGAUUUAUGGCAAAGGAAAUCUGCAGAGACUGUCAUCAUAUGAAGACAAACCACAGGGUGCCAUUCCUCUAAGCAGAAAAGAUGUCUUGGAAUACCAGUUAAAAAGACUGAAUGAGUGGCAGCCAAAAUCCGAAAUAUGGCCUCUGACCCAUGGUGCCAGUAUUUGUUCUUCUGCUACUGUUAUUUCCUGUGCACUAACCAACAGUUACUUCCGCCGAUACUUCAAUCUUAUGCAUUUUGGCCGUGCAAGUGGAUACCUCAUGGCUGUUGGUAUGCCAUGUGUGUUAGGCAUGAUCACACAUACAACUUUUGUCACUGAGAAUUGUUUGGUUGGAGAUUUUGCCUGUCCAACAUGUCUAAUGACAAGAAGUGGUAUAAUUCAGCUUUUAGUUGGUGGUUUAUAUCCUGCAGUUCUUUGUCCAGUUUUUGGUUUGAUUCAAGCCAGAAAAUAUUUGACCAAGGCCAUUGAACCAAGUAAAAAAAUUACGGAUUCUAUACAAAUUGUUGCAAAAACUGCUGUACCUUUCAAAAAAAUUUUGGGCUUGUCUUUGCUGGCAAACAUGUUUUUAGGGAUGUACAUGUCCAAGUUGGAAAUGGACACAUUCCUCAAUGUUCUGAUGAAAGAAAAACCUCAAGAAACAGAGAUGCUAUAAUAAAAAUUUCAGCAAAAUAUUUUUAAGGAUUCCAUUGUGCUUAUAUCAAACUCAUUUUAACAAUAUUUCUAGAUAAUAAAUUAAAAAGACAAAAAUAGGUUUCAAAAAUAUUCUAAACCUUCAUUUCAAAGUUUGAUAUCACUGAUUUGAUGAACUGACUCCAGGUCACAGCACAGUGUCAGAUUAUCAACUUCAUUGUUACUGCUUCUGUUUGUAUUAGUCAUUACAUUUGUUGUUUGGUUUUUUU